AUUCUGCCUCCGCGCCGAUAUCGUUAUUCUCGAAUGUUCUCCCACUAAUAAAUACGCCGGCAGCCGUCUCGCCGCCGUCAGUUUGUUUUCAUCGUACGUACCUGUUCGCGCUUGUUCGUCGUUUCCAAAACGCACUUCAAAAAAUAAAAACGCAUUCAGACUUUGCGGCAUAUUACGAAGCGAUUUCUUACCGUCGUAUCCCAUUCGGAUUUAUAUCGUAGAAGGUACGUAUUUUAGUAUGAACAUCGUUUUAAAAUUUAAAUUUAUUGUCAUACUUAUCGGACGGUCGUUCUGUGGAUUUUAACAUUUGUAAGGAAUUUGUUAUUAUUUUUUUCGUAUUGUACAUAAUCUGUACUGAUAAUUAAUUUUCUAUGUACGCCCGUAAUCCCUUGUUAUAAUCGUAAUUGGUCGAUGAUUUUUUUUUUUUUUUUGGAGGUAUACCUCUACAAUGGUCAUCAUGGAUUUUUUGAAAAUUUAAAAUUUUUACGUUUUGAACAAAAAAACCAUUAUUUUCGUAAACUUUCUUGUUCUUCUUUUUUUUCCCAGCGUUGUUAAACUNGAAAUUAAACAAAAAAGCUAAUUUUUCGAUUGGAGCAAGUUUUCUGUUCGAAAAAUAGUAAACAGAUAGAAAAAUUAAAAAACGCGCAGUAAAUAUCUGAUAAGACCAAUAGAUCCUUUGGCUCCGAAUCCAAAAAUAAAAAUAGAUAUUUUAUUAUGAUAUCAUAACACCUAUAAACUUUAAUUUGUAUUCUCUAUAGUAUUAUUACACAGUAAUCCAAAAAUGUUCAUAGGUCUAACAGGAUGUAUAGAUAGGUACUUCAUCAUACGUUAUCCAACGAUUUAGUAAAGUUGUUAAUAACUUAGGCGUGUGUACAUUUCUAUCUGUUUUUUACAGAUGUCUCUUUUACCGUUUUUAUUGGAGAACCUUUCACGCCCAACCGUAUACGAUCAACACUUUGGUCUGGGACUGUUGGACGAUAUGUUAGUGCCAGAUGAAUACAUUCCUCAUGUCAGAGCCGACCCUUUAGGACUCAGAGUAUAUCGGAGACCUAUGCGUCUUGUUGCUGCGCCUAAAAGCGGUUUGUCUCAAAUUCACAACAACGAGGAAGGCUUUAAAGUAAAUUUGGACGUCCAACAAUUCAAACCUGACGAGGUCAAUGUAAAGGUGGUCGACGAUUACAUUGUAAUCGAUGGAAAACAUGAAGAACGUGUUGAUGAACACGGUUUCAUUUCCCGUCAAUUUACCCGUCGUUACAAAAUCCCAGAAAAUGUUGACCAAAAAUUGAUUCAAUCGUCUUUGUCAUCGGAUGGUGUGCUCAGCAUUGGUGCUCCUAAAAAGGUAUGUAAUUUUAAAAUAUUUUUUGUUCAGACUCCAGGGAAAAAAUAAUAAUGAUGUAAAAAUAUUUAGGUCGUUAAUGAAAACAAAGAGGAAAUAUCGAUCCCGAUUAUUCAGACCAACGAGCCCAGCAUUAAAGUAUCUGCAAACGUAGAAAAGAAAGAGGGAGACAACAAAAUGGAGACUAAUUAAAUGGACGCUAAUUUGAUCGAAUUUAAGACUCUUUAGAUAUAUGUACUACUAUCUAUUUAUUUCAAUGCGUUUAAGUUUUUAUGUUCCUUAAUUUUUUUUUUUUUUUUAAUUUUAAGAAAUUUAAGAAAAUAUGAAAAUAUUUCAAGGAAUUUUAUAAUCUACUAUUUUUUAAAUAAGACCUGUACACUUAGAUUUAUGAAUAGAUAAUAAAACUAAAUGUUUAGGUACUAAAGUUGUUUAUUUCAUUAUUAAGUACCUAUUUUUAAUAUUAUUUUUUAUUUAUUAG